GAGAGAGAGAGAGAGAGAGAGUGUACUGUUUUCACCGCGGUCCGUCCAAUGGUGUGGAGCUAUAUGAGUCGCUAUGGUGACGAGAUUGUUUCGCCGGAGGUUGUGAUGGGUUGACAGGUGCGGGACAGUCGCUUCUGUGCCAGCAUGUACGCCAAAGGCAAGAGCAGCGUGCCGUCGGACAGUCAAGCCCGAGAAAAGUUAGCUCUGUAUGUCUAUGAAUAUCUGCUGCAUGUGGGAGCUCAAAAAUCAGCACAGACAUUUUUGUCAGAGAUCCGAUGGGAGAAAAACAUUACAUUAGGAGAGCCACCCGGGUUCUUGCACUCCUGGUGGUGCGUUUUCUGGGACCUCUACUGUGCUGCUCCAGAGAGGAGAGAAACAUGCGAGCACUCGAGUGAAGCCAAAGCUUUCCAUGAUUAUAGUGCAGCAGCAACACAAAGUCCAGUGAUUGGGAGUCCACCUGGAGACGGUAUGCCUUUACCUCCUGGAUUUUUCCAGCAGUUUAUGUCUCCUCGAUACCCUGGUGGACCCAGAGGUUCUCUCCGAAUACCCAAUCAGGCUUUGGGGCCUGGAAACCAGCCACUUCUACCUAGUGGGAUGGACCCUACAAGACAGCCAGGCCAUCCCAGCUUGAGUGGGCCCAUGCAGCGGAUGACCCCUCGAGGAAUGGUUCCUAUUGGACCGCAGAACUAUGGUGGUGGAAUGAGGCCUCCCUUAAAUGCCCUAGUGGGACCAGGAAUGCCAGGGAUUAACAUGGGUCCUGCAGGAGGAAGACCAUGGCCAAAUCCUCCAAAUAACAACUCGCAGAUCCCUUAUUCAUCCGCAUCUCCAGGCAGUUAUUCGGGUCCCCCAGCAGGAGGCGGCCCUCCGGGCACACCAAUCAUGCCCAGUCCUGCAGAGUCAAACAACUCGAGUGACAACCUGUACAUGAUCAGCUCAGUCCCACCAAAUGGGACCAGACCAAAUUUUCCAUUAGGUUCAGGUGCUGAUGGUCCAAUAGGGAGCAUGGCAGGCAUGGAACCACAUCAUAUGAAUGGUUCAUUAGGAUCUGGUGACAUUGAAAGCCUCCCAAAGAGCUCACCAGGAAAUCUCAGCAUGAAUAAUCAGCCUGGCACACCAAGAGAUGAUGGAGAAAUGAGCGGCAACUUCCUCAACCCGUUUCAGAGUGAAAGUUAUUCUCCUAACAUGACAAUGAGUGUGUGAGAGGACAGCACAGGAGCAAAAUUUCAAGAUUUCACAGUGUUCAGCAAAAACACACAUUCAACCUGCUUUUCUACUCAUAUUGUCUGUGGUGGACUUUUGUGAAUUGGAGUGACGUCCUUCUACACCAAAUCUGACCAAACUGAAAUAAGCUUUGAAAGGAUCCAGAAGACAUCUACACAUUUUUUUCAUACAUGUGUUUUGUCAUUUCAUGGUUAAUGUCCUGUGUUCUGUUUAAACAAACUCAGCAAAGGUGUGGGGUAAAGUAUUUGGGACUCAACUUGGACUUGUAUGACUCAAUUCGUGACUUGACUGGAGACAAGAAAUAAAAGAUUUCAGUCUUAACUUUUACUUGCAAAACAAUGACUUGGUUUCAUCUCGGCUUGAAGUAAGCAGGGAAUUGACUUGGAUUGCUUGAGUAUCACAAAUAUUGACUUGACUUACUCAAGACUUGAAGGUAAAGACUCAAGACUUGAAGUUUAAAACUUAAUAUUUGAAGGUUUAGACUUGAGACUUGAAGCUUAAGACAAGACUUGAAGGUUAUAACUCAAGACCUAAAGAUUAAGACACGAGGCUUGAAGGUUAAACUCAAGACCUGAAGGUUAAGACUCAAGACCUGAAGGACAAGACUUGAGACUUUAAGGAUAAGACUCAAGACUUGAAGGUUAACAAACAAGACUUGAAGGUUAACACUUGAGACUUGAAGGUUAAGACACGAGACUUUAAGGUUAAGACACGAGACUUGAAGGUUAACACUUGAGACUUGAAGGUUAGGUCUCAAGACUUGAAGAUUAAGACUCAAGACUUGAAUGUUAAGACUUGAGACUUGAAGGUUAAGACUCGAGACUUGAAGGUUAAGACACGAGACUUGAAGGUUAACACUUGAGACUUGAAGGUUAGGUCUCAAGACUUGAAGAUUAAGACUCAAGACUUGAAUGUUAAGACUUGAGACUUGAAGGUUAAGACUAGAGACUUUAAGGUUAAGACUCGUGACUUGAAGGUUAAGACUUAAGACUUAAAGGUUAAGAAUCAAGACUUGAACUUAAGAAAAGACUUGAAGGUUAAGACAAGGCUUGGAGGUUAAGACUUGGGACCUGAAAAUUAAAGCCUAGUUCACACCACAGGAUUUUAAACCUGAUUUGAGCCCAAUUUGGAAGUUAACGUGCUUGCCGUCAGAUCGGGCUGCUAUUGGGGAAAAAUCUGCGGGUGCUCUGUGCUCUGCAGUCUUUAUGUGUGAACUACUAAACAUUGCAUCAAAGAGGCUUGCUGAUGCGUCGCUGACACCUCGUAGACAGAAAUCCAAUAUCUAGCAUACUGAAUAUUCCAGAGCCGACUUGACCCCACGUGCGGUCAGAUGUAGUGACAAGCUGCAUCCAAUGAGAGAGCAUAUCAGCAUAAGUUGAAUGGCCGUUUGCUAAGGAACUGAACAGAAACGUCUUUGAUUGGCCAGAAUGGGCAUAGAUGCACUUGCUUUACUCUGCGUUAACACGGACACGAGAGUAGGCUACUAGGCUAUUAGAAUACCAUACUGGUCAUUCUGACCAUUCUCAUAUAAAACGUCAUAUUGUCACAUCAUAUUUACAUUCAAAACUUUUAUUGAGAUAUUAAAAUUAAGCUUUGAAUAUCUGUCAUCAUAUUUUAUGACAACGUUACCUUAAAAAUAUGAUCUUUUUGGUAAUCCAGUCUGUAAAUAUGUAGUUAAGAUACUAGAACACGCAUAUGUCUGGGCCUGGCUUUCAUUUUCACUUUCAAACAGGAGCUAUU